UUGUGGAGGUGAAAGGUGGGGAAAAUGGCGGCGCCCAGGAGGGGAUGUGAUUGAUGUGAGAGAUAUUGAUACUUACAGCGAGGAUGUUGGCUCGCUGCUGGGCCCGGGCUCCGGCCGCCCUCAGAUUCGGGCUUGUUUGCAGAGUGGAGUGCAGGCGACGAUACCUGGCAGCAGAACGGAAGAAAUUUUAUGAGAACGUAAGCAUUUCACAAGGGGAAGGAGGUACAUUUGAGAUAAAUCUUGACCGCAGGAAGCUGAAGACUCCUCAGGGCAAGUUGUUCACGGUUCCCAGUGAAUCUCUGGCGAUCGCUGUUGCCACAGAAUGGCAGUCCCAAGGAGAUGUACUGCAGUUCUUCACCAUGCAUCUGACAACGUUGUGUAACACUGCACUGGAUAAUCCAACACAAAGAACAAAGGAACAGCUGAUUAGGUCAGCUCUCAAAUUUCUGGACACAGACAUGGUUUGCUACAGAGUGGUGGAGCCACCUGGCUUAGUGGAGCUCCAGAAAAACGAAUGGGAUCCUGUUGUUGAAUGGAUAGAGAACAGAUAUAAUGUUGAGAUUGGCUUCUCCACAAAUAUUUUGGGACCAAACAUUCCAAGCAAGUCCAAGGAGACCUUUGAAAAACAUCUCUCUUCAUAUAACUUUUGGGCACUUAUAGGUCUGGAGUAUGUCAUCCAACAACUUAAAUCAGUGGUUCUUUCCCUAAAUUUAAUUGAUCGAAACCUCAGUGUAGAGAAGGCUGUGUGGCUGUCUCGGCUAGAGGAACAAUUUCAGAUUGAGGUUUGGGGAAAUGUUGAAUGGGCUCAUGACUACGAUCUCUAUGAACUACGAUCGCGGACUGCAGCGGGAGCCUUGUUUGUCCAUCUAUGUUCGGAGAGCUCCACUGUGAAACAUAAGCUGUUGCAAGACUGAGCUGACUGACUGACUGUUUAGUUCCUUUCUGUAUCUGAGAUUCUUUUUUUGGCUGUGUAAGAAUGUAAUUUAAAAACGUACAAAUAAAAUCAUUAAAAUAAAUCAGU